AUGACACCCCACAGACAUCAGACGGGACAAGGAACGUACAGCACAUCGGGAAUCUCCAAAAGAGGAAAGCCACGAGGAGAGCAAGAUGGCAUCCCACGGACAUCAGAGGAAAGCCACGAGGAGAGCAAGAUGAUGGCUAGGUGGAAGCCCAGUCCCCCACUUCAGAAAC